AUGGAGGUCACGUAUAGCGACUACGAGGAAAUGUUCACCAAAAGGACAAUCGGAAGCACUACGGAAAGUUGUGCAAAUAUAAUGUUCGAGACAAAUACAAUAAUACAAUUUCCUGAUCGUCAUGAGGACAACACGGACUUUAUUCACCAAAAAUUCUGCCCAGUAGUUCUGAUGUUCGCCGUAUCAGAAAAACUACGUGACGAUGUUGCCAUUGUUGGACUAAAUCAAUGGUUAGAAAAGAGAACUCAAGACGGCUCCUUCAAUUUUCCUAACAUUCUCAUUCAAGCGUUACCUCACUCUAUGUCAGAGUCAUUCAAGGUCUCUUUCUCUACUCACAUGGAAGUCCCAGCUGCUCAACGGUCCCACCUUGUAGGAAUACCGGACGGGGCCCAACUGCUUGUUAUAUCUCGUUUUACUAAAGCAUUACUACAUUUCCCAUCUCAGUCGGAAGAACUCCCACAAACUGUCUUCUUCUUCUUUACUGGCCAACCAGAAGCUAUAUUAAAAGCCCGUCGUUUUGUACAGGGUUUGCUUCCUAUGCAGCUAUGUUUUCAUGCUGGAAAUGAGGACCUUCGCGCUAAAAUAGAAGAUAAAAAUCGUAUAGUAAAAUUUUAUGAUGAACUACUUCGCGUCUCCGUAAGCGUUGUGCCCUCAGACCUCGAGUCCGUCACGGUUCUUCCAGGCGAUCAAACGAGGCACUACAUAUCUCUUCGAACAAGUGAGUACAAUGUGGGCGCAUUAUAUGCCGUUAUGAGACGUGUACUCAAACGCGGGGAUGAUAUUCCUAUGGUGACGCCAACGGAUUAUGCUGAGAUGCUGCCACUUGUCCCAGACCUCAUGAAAUAUGCAUGUGAGGUGAAUUUCAGGUGUCGAUUGGAGCCAUGCUCUCUUGUUCUUCCCACAUUACCUUCAGUGCUUAACCCUACCGUUACUUCAUCGUCACAUUCCUUGGAAGGAAAUAUUUCUAACCACGCAGGUGCUUCUGAUCAGUUAGUAGAAUCCGUAGAAUGUCCGGCCGUUUCGCAUGAGAACUUUUCAUCUGAUCUUCUUCAACCUGCGCGUCCAAGGAAUAACUAUGGCGAGCGGCGGGGAAAUUCUUCCCGAUUGAAUCGCUUUGGACCAAAUCCUUAUUCCAAACAUCACCUUGCGUUACGAUGCCGCGGUGAAGUACACAAUCAACGUCCACGUAAUCCCAAAGUCGAACUUCAACGACGCGCGAAAAAUGGACAGUUUGUUGAGGGCCAACAAGAGUUCUGCCGGCGUCCUAGCAGAAGAAUGGAUGUCAUGGACCUCAUUAAACUCGCUUCUGCGGAGGACACUGACCGGCAAAGGGGUUCAGUUGAAGACAAUAGCUGUAUAGUUGAUUCUGGUGGCGCCCACGGUACAAACACCAUCAUGGAAUGA